AGAAGUCUUCAUGUUUGACAGUUCGGCUCAAAACAGUGUGAAUCUAACCUCAAAAAUGUCAUCAAUAGAAAGUGAAUUGGAGAAAAGUUUUGCAUUGAAAGAUGUAAACAAACCAAAACGGACACUAUCCACUGGUGGAAAAAUUCUGAUUGGCUUGUCGGGAGGUGCUGCGAUUGGCCUGAGUUUGAUAUGUGCACCGUUUGUAGCUCCAGCAUUUCGAAAAUAUUGCCUGCCCUAUGUUCCAGCAACAAAUAAUCAAAUCAAUAACAUUGUCAAACUUCUCAAAACAAACACAAAUGAAAGACUGCUCGAUAUUGGCUCCGGAGAUGGCCGCAUUGUCAUUGCGGCUGCCAAAAAUGGUCUGAAAGCAGAUGGCGUAGAGCUGAACACUUGGCUCGUUCAAUAUUCACGUUUAUCAGCACUUUACCAUGGUGUUUUCAAGAAAACCUCAUUCUAUCAGAAGGAUCUAUGGAAAUUUGAUGUCUCACCCUACAGAUAUAUCGUCAUUUUUGGCGUUGAACAAAUGAUGACAGAGUUGGAGAAAAAAUUGCUUAGCGAAGCAAGUAAAGAGUCACAUGUAAUAGCCUGCCGAUUCCCAUUGCCAAAUGUCAAACCGACUCGAAUUGUUGGUGAAGGAAUCGAUACCGUUUGGUUGUAUGAUUUCAAAACCGGCUCUAGUUGAAAUAGAAAACUGUUAAUUUUUGACAUAACUCAUCGUAGCUAUUGUUAUUUUCGUAAAUUGUUUCAAAUAAAAUGUAAAAACACUGUU